AUGCUCUCAGUUCAGCCUAAACGCACAGAUUCAGUCAAGUACGUAAAAGAGUUUGAAAAAUAUAUCAGGAAAAACUAUGACAAACGAACGCUAGAAACUCUUUCUCCUUUUUUGACUGAGCUUGAACAAGCACGUAGCCAGAUUACAUCAUCUCAGGCAAGCUCAUCAGAACAAGCAUCUUCAAGUCUUCAGAGUAAUGCUCUUUAUUAUCGGUAUCUCAAAGCAAUUGAGUCUAGAUUGCCCGUAGCUUCCACAGAUAUUAAGUUCACAUGGUUCGAUUCUUUGGGAAAAGGAAAAUCUCAAGCCUCCAAUUACUCAUUAGAAAAACUAGGUGUCCUCUAUAAUAUAGGAGCAAUUUAUAGCAAAUUAGGUGCUGAUAUAGAUCUUAAAUCACCUGAUGGCCCCAAACUAGGCUUGAACUAUUUCCAAGUGGCUGCUGGAUGCUUUGAUGAAGCGAGAAAGCUCGCUGUUGAGCAGAGGCAAGUGACAACUGCAGACACAAGCCCUGAGCAUUUAAGUUUCCUUACAAAUAUUCUUAUUGCCCAAGCUUACUUAUGCAUGUAUGAUAAAUUAUGACACAGUAUUUAUUUUUCUUCCAUUCUACACAUACUUUUUAUAUACCAAUCAAAUUUAAAUUGAAAAAUUAAGAAAAAUACCCCACGUAAAAUAUUUUUUUUAAAAUUUUUUUUUCUUUUUUUGUUAUAAAAUUAUAUCGAAAAUUUCUUGAUAAAUUAGACAAGACAACAGCCAGUAAAGUCAAUUUAUCAAAACUUUCUCAGACUGCCUCAAAAAACUUUGGUCAAGCUUAUGAACUAGCUUUAAAUGAAAUUUUAUCACGUAGCGUUCCUGAUGAAACUAGAUUGUCCCUUCGAUAUCAACAGCUAGUUUAUUCUGCAGCAGCGAGAUAUUGGAUUUCUUUCAUUGAAAGGGAGCAAGGCUCAAAAACAGGCAAAGGCUUUGGAAAAGGUGUAGCGAGGCUGAGAUCAGCUUACGAUGCCAUUCAAAAAGCUAUGCAAAUAAAAGGAAUCCGAGGGCCUAUGCUUGAUGUUGGUAGAAAUCUUUUAACCUUAAUCGCCAAUGAAAAAGAAAGCGCUGAACAAGAUAAUAUGAGAGUUUACAUUGACAAUAUCCCAGAUCAUUUUACAUUGUCAGACCCAGAAGACGUCAAUAUGAUUCAGCCUAAAUUUCCGCCAAUGGUUGAUAUAAUGUCACCUAUUGCAGGCCAGGAUGUCUUAGAAAUUUUGGUUUCCCCAGAAGUUUUGCAACGAAUUGCUGAAUAUAAAGAUAUUUUGCAAACGAUAAAUAUAGAGGAAAAUGAAAAAGCUGGAUUAAUCACUCGAGAAAUUUCGCAAAAUUUAGAAGCGAUGAAUUUGCCUCAUAAAUUAGAUGCAACAUCAGGGGAAAAUGGAAUUCCUGAAGCUGUAUGGAAAAAAAUCCAAAACAUUCAAUCACAAGGUGGUGUUAAUCAAUUGGAGCAAUCCUUUAACAAUGUUAUGACAUUAAAUGCAAAUAAUGCCAAAUAUUGUGUCGAACUAGAAGGAAAUUUAACUAGAGAAGCCCAAGAAGAUGCCACUCUUAGAAACAAUCACGGAUCAAAAUGGACAAGAAUUCCAAGCAAUGAAGCAAAUGCCCAGUUAAAGCACGAGCUAAACACGCUCAGAGUAAAACUUGCACAAGCUAACGAAAUUGACCAAAAAAAUAAACAAAUGUUUGACAGGAGUCAAGGGAACUUAAAUUUAUUGAAAAAGAGCAGAAGCGAGCUUGAUGUCGAGCUCCCAAGUGGGAACUCUUUGAAUGGGCAAAGAUCUCAGAGUGCUUCUAGUUUAAGUGAAGCAUUAAAAACACUGGAAACCCACCAGAAAUUGCUUCAUGAAAAAAUGACCGAGCUUGGAUCAAGUAUAGAGCAAGAUAAUAUUACAGAGUCUUUAAUUAGAAUGGAGGAAACUAAAAUGAAUAAAGAAAGCGUGUUCAAUCAAGAAAUUUUGAAAUUCAGGCCAAUUAGAGAAGAAAUAGAUAGGGCGAUUGCUGAUCUUAGAAAUGAUUUAGAGCUUGUAAGAAAAUGCAACAGCGUUUUUGAUAGUGACCGUACAAAUUCCCAGGGAAAUCCUGCAAGAAUUGAGUUUCUACAAAGAGUUGAAGAUGCUAGCAAAGUAUAUUAUGAGUUGACAGGAAACAUUGCUCAAGGCAUCCAAUUCCAUUCAACUUUAUCAAGACAUCUAUCAGUUUUGCAUCAGAAAAUCCUUGAAUAUGUCAAUGCAAGAACUGCUGAAAAAAAUUCACUACUUGGAGGUCUUGAGAAACAAAAUAAGGGACCAGUUCAGCAAAUUCCAUAUGGAAUGAGCCAAGCUCAGCCACAAGCAUAUUUCCCUCAGCCAUCAGCAUAUCCAUAUCAGCAAGGAGCUUUUCAGCAACCGCCUCCUUAUUUUCCACCAGGAACUUAUGCGCCUCAGCAGCCUGGAUAUAAUCCAUCUGCACCUUUUAUGCCUCCAGCUUUUCCUGGAUAUCAGCAGCCGCCUGGGCAGUUUCCACCUCCUGGAGGAUUUAUGCCACCUGGUAGUUAUUUCCCGCAGCAGCCUCCAUAUCAUAAAUAA